UCUCAAAGGCACUCUCUGUUUCAGAAAACAUGUACUCUUUGUUGGAGACAGCAGGACCAGUCACUCUCACGAACAACUUUGCCAGCCUGGAAUCACAUGUUGUCGAGUGUACCUAAAGUUUUAUGCGCUCGUUAGGGUUUUCUUCUUUCGAUAUAAACCAAAGUUGUAGUCUUUUCUUUAUGCAAUCAGAUUACAAUGUUUUAAAACCAAUUUCUUUCGCUUUUUCAUGCUACAAACUCUGUUUUAUUUUUGCUUUCAACUCUCUAACAAGGGUAUUUCAAAUUCAAUAACGUAGUCUUUGAACAUUUAUCUGCAAACAAUCUAUUUUUCUUUUCUUAUCACAAAAAGCUUUUAAACGUUCUUAGACGCUCCUAACAAAAUUUUGAUUUUACUCGCUGAUUCAGUUUUAUAUUUCGAUUUACUAAGAGAAAUUUUCUCCUUUGGACCCAUUUUUUUUAAUUUACUCUGCCAUUCAUUUUCCUCUUCUCCUUGGAUUGUUUCUCUCUUCUUCUUCCCUUAAGCCGAUUAAUUUCGAUUUCAGGUAAUUUUGAAGCCAUUUAUUAUGCCGUUCUCAUUCCCGAUUUGAUACAUAUCGUCGUUCCGAUUUCUUUCAGUCUAAUACAGUGCCAAGUACGAAGCUGCACGCGAGCUCGACCACGUCAAAUAACUCAUCAAGUCCGGAACUGAUUACCUCCUCAAGACCUUCGACAAUAGUGCUGAUACAAUCUAUGAGAUAGUUAAACAGGGUUUGAGAUCUUGUCGUUUACCUGCAACCAGUUUCUGAACCAAGAACUGCAUGAAUUAUCUGGCUCCUCUCUUCAUACCAGCAGCUCUUUGACAAAUAUUUUUCCUCAUAUGUGUUUGCAUGACAAGCUCACUAUACAAGUCUCCAGUAAGACUGGUUGGGGUCGCAGAAAACUUGAAGAAUUACAAUUAAAUAAAGUAUAUAAGUCAAGUUAUUAUUAGAGCUCGGAAUCUAAAAGCUGGUGUCAAUUUCAUACUGGUGAGAUCAUUCCACACUCAGAGACUCUAAUUUAGCUACGAGGAGAAUGGUUUGCUACAUAUUACCAUUUUUGCAGACACUCACUUUUGCAUGGGUCAACUUCUUCUUCUCUGGAUUUGUUGCAGCCAAAACACCAUUCCCACUGACUCAGAGGCUCAUCACAAUUCGAAAUGCUUACAAUCUUUAUGAUCAAGAAAACCAACUCCCGGUUCUUGGUUAUGCAGAGGUGAACCAGAAAAUAGCGGCUGGAGCUGAAGUGGUUGAGUCAGGAACCGGCAAGAAAAUGGGGACGGUUUCGACGGCGUUGGGAAGCCGAGGAAUGGGUGUGAUGAGGGUAGAAGAAGCCUUCAAAGCAUCGACUGAAUUGACUGUAAAAGGUUCGGAGGAUGUGAAAGUGCAGGCGAUUAGACCGACGUGGUGGCCGGCUGAGUGGUCACAGCAGAGUCAAUCCGAAACAGCCGCCGUAUAG